GUGGCAGUUAACAUAGUCCCCUCCUCUGAACCACUGUCUGCAUUGCUCCACCUUUCCUUCACUGCCAUUUCAGCAUCACUGGAGAAUUGACGGGAUCCAAAACAAGUCUUAAUGUACCUGCAAUAAGUCUACAGUCCUAUUAAACUGGCUGGUGUUUCACAGUUCUAUUAAGAUUAUGUUUCUCCACUGUCUGCUUGUCCUGUCCUAUGCAAUUCCCACCCUUUCUGAUCGCUGCCCUCAAGUGUGUAUCUGUGACAAUAUCAGGACUUUUGUGACAUGUGCCAAAAAAAACUUGACCAACAUUCCUCCCACCAUCCCACAGUACACUCAAAAACUGAAUCUAGAGGGAAAUGACCUAAAGAUUAUUCCUGCUGGAGCAUUUCUUCCAAUUCCUUAUCUAACGCAUCUCAAUCUCCAAAACUGCAAUAUUGAAACAAUUGAGGAAGGAGCUUUCAGAAAUCUUGGCCGCCUGGUGUCCCUUAACCUGGGCUCCAAUCGUUUAACUUUCAUAUAUCAGGAAUCUUUCGAUGGACUUUCAGCUCUACAAAAUCUAGUACUUGAGAAAAACCGUCUUGAAGAAAUCAAGCCUGGCGCAUUUAGUCAAUUAGGAUUUCUGAACAUUCUGCAUCUUGGAGACAAUUUCUUGGUAUACUUGCCAGACAUGCUGUUUCAGGGACUUUUGCAAUUAAAAUGGAUGCGUCUUUCAAACAACAUGAUUAAUGUUGUGUCAAAUGAGGCAUUUGCAGGACUUCCAAAUCUCAAAAGAUUAAGUCUAGACCACAAUGAACUCCAGUACCUCCCAACAGAAGCCUUUUCAAGAAUGUCUGCCCUUACCAGGUUAGAACUAGGAUGGAAUCCAAUGACUUUCCUACCAGAAGAAAGUGUCCAAAUGGCAUCUCUCAGACAGCUAUACAUGAAUAACAUGGCACUGCAGGAUGUGUCUUUUAAGGCAUUUGAAAAAUCCAAGCAACUAUCCCUUAUUGACAUGAGUAAUAAUCAGAUAAGAUCAAUACAUCCACUGACGGGUAUAGUACAGAUGAAAUACCUAAACCUGACAGGAAAUACUAUAAACUGUGAUUGUAUUUUGAGACCCUUUAAAGAAUGGGCUGAUUCGUUAAGGUUAAAAGUUGAUCUUUUUUGCUUUCUUCCCCACCACUUCCAAGGAGAUCACUUGGAUUCUCUUAGAGCCAUAGACCUGAAAUGUGGACAUUUAUCUGAAGAAGUUUAUAACCUGUUGCCAGUCACAGAAAAACCAGAUGAGGAUAAUAUAUGCCCACAGAACUGUAACUGUAAGCCUGAUGUCAAACAUGCUAUUUGUGAGAAUAAAUCCCUAAAAAAGAUCCCCAGAGGUUUCCAUGUGGAGACUACCCUUAUUGAUCUGCGAAGAAAUGCCUUCAGUUUGAUUCCUAAGGGGGCUUUUUCAGAUAUGAAAAAUGUAGCAUCACUGCACCUCCAAAACUGCCAGAUUAAUGAACUACAGCCCGAGGCAUUCAUGGGAAUGAAGAAUUUGGUUUAUCUUUACUUGUCACAUAAUCAGAUCUCUGCUUUAAAUUCUGAAGUCUUUCAGGGGGCUCCAAAGGUUGGUUAUCUUUUCUUAGACCAUAACAGAUUUAAUAAAGUUCCAAAAGAAGCAUUUAGACUACUUCCAAAUCUGUUUUCUCUUCAUAUGCAACGUAAUUCAAUUACUUCACUUUCUGACAAGAAUAUGGCUGGUGCCCAAAAGCUACACUGGUUAUAUCUAACUGGGAAUAACAUACAGUCUAUUGCACCGACAGCAUUUCAAAAUCUAAGAGCUCUAGAGAAAGUUCAUCUGGAUGAAAAUAUGCUAACAGAAGUGCCAACGCAAGCUCUUAAGGGAAUGCCUAUAUUGACAGAGAUAAAACUGUCCAAGAAUCCCAUGAAAAGUAUUGGAAAUGGUGCUUUCUUACCAGUAUCUCGGUCGCUGCAACAUCUAUAUCUGAAUGACAUGGGACUACAACAGAUUUCCAGUGGAACAUUUGUAGGACUUGGGAAGAGUAUAAAAAGCCUUUAUCUGGAAAACAACAAAUUGCAGAACCUUCCCAACAUGAAGAACUUCAUUGGACUGGAAGUAAUAAACUUGGCUAACAAUCCCUUCCACUGUGACUGUCAUCUGCUCCACCUCCACAGAUGGGUCAAUAGUCUGAAUAUAAAGGUAGGAGCUAUGUGUGCAUCCCCCAAAAAUGUAAAAAAUCAGAAGGUAAGAAGUGCCCCCUUCUCUACUUGCCCUGGAUGGGAUUCUGGAAAAACAAACAGGAACAAAAGAAAGAGCUUUGCCAUCUCCACUAAACAAAAAAGACCCAGGAAGUAGAAAAAAAGAUUGUAAUUGUUUGUAAGGCUGAUUGGAGAUUUCUAUGAUGGUAAAUUACUGAGUACUGAACAAAUGACAUAUUUAUGCUAAUUUCAGACACUGCAUUAAUGAGUGUGGCUAGUCAGCCUACUGAAAAAUAUAAUUUGCAGUAUGCUACACCGCUGAUAGUUUAGCACUGACAAAACUAUAAUAUAGACCUAGUUACUGCCCAAUAGUGCAUUAUAUAGCACCCCCUGAACAAGGUAAUACUUAAUAUACUUACAAACAGGGGCAUAGCCAGAAUUUUGUGGCCCCCAUAGCAGCAUUUUGAAGGGGCCCCAUCCCAAUGCAUCUCUGCAGCAGUUGUUAAUAUUACAUACCCUCGAACUGUACCUUUUUGGCAGGUACAGUACCUUUUUUUUAUGGUCUGUACUGAGUUUUGGCUCUCCAAACUGCCAUUGAAAGUAUAGGAAAAGGGGUGUGGCCAUGCCCCUUUACCCGUGUCCAGGCCCCCUUUUCGAAUGUGUACCGAUUUUUAUGUCUAAAAUGUUGGAGGGUAUGAUAUUAUGCCCCAUAAUAGUGCCCUAGCUAAUGUUAUGCCCCAUAGUAGUGCCUUAGUUAAUGUUAUGCCAUACUUGCCUGCCCUCCCGGAAUGCCCGGGAGGCUCCCGAGAAUCGGGUGCCCCUCUCCCCCUCCCCUUCCCACAGCCUCCAACAGCAUUUUUGCUAACAAAGUAAUGACCCUUAAAAUAUCUAAUUAUCCAACAAGGCUAAACACACACGCACAAAAAGGAAAAGGAAUGGUAAAAUGAAAAAGGUAAGGUAAGUAUAUAAUAAAAAAGUGUCCCUUAUUCUCCAGAGGAGGAUAUUUUUCUUAUACAGUAUAUAGGAAUUCAGUCUCUGUUCAAAUUAUCUCUAGUACUAUUUGUGGGUUCACUUGUAUGAAUUUAAAAGAAAUAGGAAACUCUUAUUGUCCUUUAAACAAGUACAUAAAUACAAAUGUACAUAUAUUAAUAUACUAGUUACCAGCCCGUUAAAAUGAUAGAACAACAUAACAGUAAUGUCAGCACUGGUGGCUGUGCGCACCCGAAUGGAGAAGCACUUAAAUUGCUCCGUCAGGCACCAUCUAGUGGCUGCCGGUGCGCAACAUACUUGAAUUCCCUGAUAGAGGUAGGGAGCAGCAUUAGCCUUUUAUUAUAUAGGAUACUGGUAAAAGUAGUGGUUGAAGUGGAAAUUUUGAAGUGGGGGUUUGGAAAAUGUAGAAGUUGCAGUAUAAAAAUGCAAUGGGUAUGUAAAUUAUGGUCUGCACCUUUAAAUUUCCAUAAACUGUACAUUCUUAUCUUUAAUUAAACUUUGCAUUAAAGAAACAAACACAUUGGCCCCUCACAGGAAAAUAAUAAAAUGCAUAGGCUUUGUAUGGAAAAAAAAAAACACAUCGGCCCCCAUAGGAAAAAAUUAAAACACGUAGGUUUUGUAUAAAAAAAUAAACAGAUUGGCCACACAGGAAAAUAAUAAAACAUCUAGACUUUGUAUGAGAAACAAACACAUGGUCCCCCACGGGAUAAUACUAAAACUCAUAGACUGUGCAUGAAAAAAAACAUAUUGGCCCCCACAGAAAAAAAAUAAAAUUCAUAAGCUUUACAUAAAAAAGCAGACACAUAUGCACUGAUAGGAGAACACACACACGCACACACAUAGGCCUCCAUUAAAAAAAAAACACACACACACACACACAGUCACCAAUUGGAGAUAACACAUACAUAGGUAGACAAAGGUUACAGAGCAGUUGUUACAAUGUAUCAACUAGAGCUUGUGUAAUGAAAAGUGUAUUGAGAAUGCAAUACCUGUAAAAAAAAAUAAUUGAUAAAUAAUGUUUACAGCUCUUAAAUGUAGGUUUGUAGUAGUCAAGUGUUGCGAGUGGGUUCUGUAGAUUGCAGAUAUGGUGGUGGUGGGCGCUGGGUGUCCAGAUAUUGACUAUCCCUAUUCUACACACCUCGUGUUCGGUGCUUGGUAUGUUCCGGCUUGCUCGUCCUCCGGCUGCUCCUCGCUGAUCCCUGCUGUGGCCGUUCCCUAUAAAGCAUGCUGCAACAGUGUCAGCCCCGGUCUCCUGGAACACUCAUGAAUAGCACUUUUCAUCGCGUUUCAGGCUGUAUGCCCUUUCUCAAGGAUGGCGCAGACUGAAUCCAUUUCUUCUUUUAUUCUAAAAUUUUUAUUACUCUAAUUAAAAACGGAAGUCUCUUAAAAAAAAAAUUGGCGACUACCACAUGGUCUUUUAGUAUUGCGUUCAAUGGUGAAUUUAAAAAAAUAUAUAUAGAAUUUAAUGCAGUCAGUAAUAAGACUGUCUAAUAAGAGGUACCUAAACCCUCUGGCACUUUUCUCUUCAUUUGAUCCCACAAAUGAAGAUGAAGUAUCAACACUCUUCUCAUCCUGCUACUCUACUUCCUCACCUCUUGAUCCUAUACCCUCACAAAUACGUAAAUCUCUGUCUCCUGUGCUCAUCCCAACCUUAACUAACAUCUGUAAUCUCUCUCUCUCUCUCUCUCUACUGGUAUCUAUCCUUCACUGUUCAAGCAUGCAGUGAUUACACCCAUUCUAAAAAAACAAAAUUCUGACCCUAACUCUCUCACAAACUACCAUCCCAUCUCUCAGCUCCCUGAACUUGCCUACACUCGCCUCACAUACUUUCUUAACUCGCACAAUUUAUUGGACCCACAUCAAUCAGGCUCUCAUCCAACACUCCACAGAGACAGCACUGACUAAAGUAGUGAAUGAUCUGGUCGCUGUGAAGUCUAAAUUACUCACUUCUCAUUUUUCUAGAUCUCCCUGCUGCUGCUUUUGACACUGUUGACCACUCUCUUCUCAUACAAACACUGCAAUCCCUACGUCUUGAGUACACAGCCCUCUCUUGGUUCCUAUCCUACCUAUCUAAUCGCUGUUUCAGUGUCUGUUUAUCUGAAUCCACCUCCUCUUUGCUACCUCUUUCAGUUGGAGUACCGCAGGUCUCAGUCUUAGGUCCUCUGUUUUUCUCAACCUAUACCUCAUCUCUUGGGAAACUAAUCAGCUCUUUUGGAUUUCAGUAUCAUCUGUAUGCAAAUCUACCUAUCCUCCCCUGAUUUUUUAUUACCAGUUAUUUUAUAUAGCGCACACAUAUUCCGCAGCGCUUUACAGAGACUAUUUGCCCAUUCACAUUGGUCUCUGCCCCAGUGGAGCUUACAAUCUAUAUUCCCUACCACAUGUACACCGGCACACAUUCAUACUAGGGUUAAUUUGUAUUGGGAUCCAAUUAACCUACCAGUAUAUUUUUGGAUUGUGGGAGAAAACCGGAAUACCCAGAGGAAACACAUACAAGUACGGGGAGAAUAUACAAACUCCACACAGGUAGAGCCAUGGUGGGAAUCGAACCCAUGACCUCAGUGCUGUGAGGCAGUAAUGCUAAACAUUACACCAUCCACCAUUUGUCUCUAUCUGUAUUAGGCCGGGUCACUGAAUACCUCUCUGCCAUUUCAUCUUGGAUGUCCUCUCUCCACCUCAAACUUAAUGUGUCCAAAACAAAGUUAAUUAUAUUUCCACCGGCCAUUAGCAGUUACCAACCUGAUAUUUCUAUCACUCUUGAGAACUCAACAAUCAACUCUACACCACAAGCUCGCUGCCUAGGUGUCAUACUUGACUCAGAACUGUCCUUUACUCCCCACAUUCAAUCUGUCUCACAAUCAGGUUACAUGCAUCUAAGAAACAUAUCCAUUUCACAAGAUACUGCUAAAACUCUAAUCCAUGCACUCAUCUCAUAUCUCCCGCAUUGAUUAUUGCACUAGUCUACUUAGUGGUCUUACCAAGAAGAGACUCUCACCAUUACAAUCCAUUCUGAAUGCAGCUGCAAGGCUAAUUUUCCUUGCUAGAUGUUCAUUGUCUGCAGACCCACUAUGAUAGUCCCUCCAUUGGUUACCUGUAUUCUACCGUAUUCAAUAUAAAAUACUGUUACUUACACACAAGGCUAUUAACCAUCCUACACCAACAUACAUCUCUUCGCUUAUCUCAGAAUAUCUCCCAGUCCAGCCCCUUCACAAGAUCUACAUAUCUCAUCCACACUCAUUACUUGCUCCCAUGCACGAUUACAGGACUUUCUUCGGGCUGCACCCACUCUGUGGAAUGCCUACUACGUACAUUAAGACUCUCCUCUAGUCUUCAAAACUUCAAGCGUUCCCUGAAAACUCACCUGUUCAGACAAGCUUAUCAAAUUCUAGAACCACUCACAUUACCUUCAUAGCUUUCCUAUCCAAUUAGAUCUCCACAGUACAGUCCACACAUAUCCCCCACAUAUUUGCUUUCUUCACUCUCCCUUCCUCCUGACCCUGGUUCAUCACUGCUGUGAUGUGAUAUCAUGCAGCCCACCAAGAACCUUUGCAAUCUGGUGGACAACUAUGCAAUAGACAGCACCUAUCCUUGAGUAUCAAUGCCUAUUUUUCCAUAGAUUGUAAGCUUGCGAGCAGGGCCCUCUUACCUCUAUGACUGUUUGUAAUUACCCAGUUUUGUCUUCUCAUUAUGUCCAGUUUUAAAGCACAACGGAAUUUGCUACACUUUAUAAGAAACUGUUAAUAAAAAAUAAAUAAAUAAUUGUUAGUGUGUAUUGGUUUGUUUCUUAAAAAAUAAUUAGUAAAAAUUACUUGAGGAAAACGCUGAGUUCAAUAUCUACAUUUAAUCCAGAUGAAUGCAGUGUUUCCAAUAAGAAUAUCCAGUCCGUCUCCUUCUUUUUCAAUUCAUCCGAAAUGUUUCCUCCUCUCUAAUUUGAUUGUAUUUUCUGGAUGCCCCAGAAUUUUAUGCCCGUGGGGUCCUGGUGGUGGGUGAUAAGUCAUAAAAGUGUUUUGAGACACUCUGUGUCUGUAACCCCUUUUUAUGUUGUUUAAAUGUUCUCCAAUCUGUGUUUUUAAUUUCCUUUUUGUUUGUCUUACAUAUUGUAAUUGACGGGGCAUUCGAGUAGGUAAAUGACGCCUUCAGUGUUGCAUGAAAUUGACCCUCUCAUCUUGUACCGUUUUUUAAUUAGGUAAAUUCUGUUAGCGUUGUUUUAAUUUUCAUGAUUCUGCAAGAUGUACAAUUGACACAGUAAUGUUGUCCUUUUUUGUUUAGUGCUUCUGAUGUCUUGGGGGGGUAUGAAACUUUUAGUUAAUUCCUGUCAUAAAUCCUUUGUUUUUCUGUAAAUGAUUUUAGGUUGUUCUGGUAGCAAUGUUCAUAGAUGUUUGUCCAAAUGUAAAAUGUGCCUAUGUUUACGUAAAAUGGCUUCAAAGAAAUUAUGUUGACUGUUAAAUUGUGUAAUAAAGGCCAUUUGAAAGUCA